AUGGUCUAUCGGGGACCCUCCAAAGACUGCUUGCCCUGCAGAAAGCGCAAGCUCAAAUGCGACCUGCGCAAGGAUGGAUGCGGCCAGUGUUUGCGGGCCAGCAUCUCGUGCUUUGGCUACCGGGACACAAACGAGCUCGUCUUCCGUGACCAGACACGCAGCGUUGAGCGGAAGAUGCUGGCCCUCAUCCCACAGCCGCAGAUGCCGUGGAAUGUGCGCGCUCGCCAUGAUUUCUUUGCUCAUUAUGUGUUUGGCCUAUCUAGCAGUUAUAGUAUCCUGCCUUCCUUGUACGCAAAGGCAAGAGCGGAUGAUCACUUGUCUGCUAGUGUGGACGCCGCCAGUCUUGCCUUUGCGGCAAAUAAGAAUUCGCCAGACUCAAAGGAACUGUUUCGGCUAGCAGCUCAACAAUAUAUGAUCGCCCUACGGCGAGUCAAUGCAGCUCUCUCUAAUCAAGAACUCUCGAGCGCCGAUUCAACGCUGCAGUCGGUGCUGCUUCUCGACCUCUAUGAGAAGAUCAUGGGCCGUGACCUUACGGCGGAGGCCCCUUGGCUGGCACACCUGACUGGGGCUCUGGCACUAAUCAAGGCUCGUGGCUACAAUGACAUGACGAGAAGCGAAGUUAGCAUAACUUUGGCCAACAAACUCUUUACAACCCUGCUCAUCAGUUGCUUCAUUGCUGCUCACCGUAUACCUGAGGGCGUGUCAGAAUUAGGUCGGAGGCUCGAUAUAUAUCACGACAAGGACGAUGCCAAGUGGCGCCUUUCCAAAAUGAAUGUACAAAUGAUCAACUUUCGAAUCGACAUCGCCGAAGGGAAACUAUCCAACCGUGAGAUUGUUGCAAAGGCAAAGAGUCUCCAUGAUGCAUAUCGCGAAAUUGAAGAUACCGUGUCCCAGCGAUGGCAGCCUAGGCAAGUCAUGGCAGAAGAGGAAGACCCAGCCCACCGAUCUCUCAUCUUUGGAGAUUAUUACCAUGUUUACAAAGACCAUUUCACAACGCAAGUGCGUAACACUGUUCGAAUAAUGCACCUUCAACUUCAGUGCUACAUCCAAACACAUUUGGAGGAUGACGGCUCGGACGAGUCAAGCAACACUCUCUCAGAAUCACUUCGCCGCACGGAACGCUUUGCAGAGGAUGUUUGUGCCUCGGUACCCCAGUUUGUCAUCCCCGCUGCCCACCUAAAUAGCAACACUAUCCCAUUCUCCAGCGUCCAGGUGCUGAAAUGCGGCAUCCUUCUUCCGGCCCUGUACACAGCCGGAAGUGCGUCAAGAAACCCCGAACUGCGCAUGUGGGCGAUUCGCACGAUGCGGUAUAUGGCUGCGUCUGGGAAUAUGGGCUCCGCGUUGAUGACGGCUGACGUGCUGGAGAAGAAUCCAGGUAUGGAUUUUAGAUUCAUGUACGCCAAGUUGGGCGGCUAUGCAUUCACAUCUUGA